GCGGUAUACACGAUCGUAUACAAAAUCGUUGUUUACCCUAUUCCUCUGCAUAACUCUAUCCGUGACAAGAAUAACUAUUUGUUAUGUGAUCUCGUUUGACUUUAGACCAUUACAGUCUUCAGGAUGGAUACCAAGCUGUUCCUGGUCAUUUCUAUUACAUUCUGUAUCACUUUCAAAGACUGUCAUGCUAUAAAAUUGGGAUCGUUUUCAGCCGAAAGCCUCUCGGCUCUCAGAGGGGAUGAGGGGUCAUUUCCGCAGCCAUACUUCCCCGUGUCCGGAGCGGGAGCCAACGGCCAACCCGUGGCUACGCACGGCUCAAGCUCCAUGUACAACGGCGCACUGGAAGAAUAUCAAUCUCUAUUUCAAACAUCGCCCUUCAUCCCUCAUUUUGCGGGGACAGAACCUCUAUUUCGUUUCUCUUCUCAAAAUGGCCGUUCUGUGCCUCGCAGCCGACGCACAGCUGGUAGUACUGGCAAUGAAGAGGACACGUCCGCUAGCUCUCUCCCAGAAUCUGCCAAGGUUUUUGCCCAACAAGAUGGUGAUUUUGUUGUGGGUGGGACUUUUGCUGUGAACCUCCCAGACGGAGAUAUUCUUUGUGGCAGGCUUUUGGAGCCAGCGGGAUUGUGGGUGGAAUCCAUGAUUUACGCGGUAGAUGUGAUUAAUAACAGAACUGACAUUCUACCCAACCAUAAACUCGGUUUUGAUAUCAGGAAUGAUUGCUCUAAUCAAAAUAGAGCUUUGACGGAAGCAUUAAACUUUGUGGAGAACUCCCAGCCAAGCAACCAAUGUCCUUUAUCAGAGAGUCAAACCAUUGGGGUGGUAGGGACUGGAUCAAGUUCUACAUCUAUUGCUCUGGCCACACUCUUAGGUCUGUUCAGUAUCCCUCAAGUGAGUUACUCCGCUACCAGUCAACUCCUGAGCGACAAGCAGCUCUACCCGUACUUCCUCCGUACCGUGCCCUCGGACGAGAAUCAAGCUCGUGUCAUGGCUGACCUGGCGGACAUCAUGAACUGGAACUACGUGGCUAUCCUCUACUCGGCAAACAGCUACGGUGGGCCAGGACGCAAGGCACUCUAUGAUAACCUGAAGGCUAAGAAUGCUUGUAUUGCACUGGAAUACUCACUUGGUAGUGAGAGUGCUGCCGCGGUUCCUGUUAAGGAUAUAGUAGCGAAUCUGAAAGCAGAUCCUAAAAUACAGGUAAUCUUCACAUUUGCUGGAAAGACGCACAUCACUUCCGUCUUACAGGAAGCCAAAGAACAAGGUCUCACAGGACGGACAUGGAUCGCCAGUGACUCCUGGGGGGACUCUCUGACUGUGGUCAAUGACUAUCUGGACAUUGUCUCAGGAAUGGUUGGGAUUGUACCGAAGGCAAGGAUCGAUCCUGGUCUUAAAAGGUACAUAGCAUCUCUGGACCCCUUCACGAAUAGCCGCAACCCAUGGUACCAGCUCACCCUCGGAUCACGUUUUGGUUGUACCUUUGAUGUCCCAAAGGAUGACACACAGGAGGACACAAAGAAUGACACACCCUUUUGCCAUGGCAACGAGACCUUUGCAUCGAUGCUGGAGUCUCGUGGUGAAGGGGGCUGGACCUCUUUCAUCAUUGAUGCGGUCCAUUCUCUAGCCUUUAGCUUGCAUGAUAUGCUAUAUGAGUGCAAAGGAUCAUCAUGCCCUGGUGCCAAUGCCAGCGUACUGAACACGGAAGACUACUUUCAGUACGUCAAGAACGUUACCUUCCCUGGUCUAACAAACCCAGCAUUCAGGUUCGAUGAGAAUGGAGAUCCACUGGCCCAGUAUUACGUCAAUAACCUUCAGGUAUCUGAUGGGGUCUAUGACUUCAUGGAAGUCGGGAGCUGGGACCCUCUGCAGAAGUUCACGUGGAGUGAUGACAUCGUCUGGUCAAGUGAGGGGGUCAGUCCCGUUUCUCGUUGCUCAGCAGACUGUCCCUCAGGGUCUUAUAUUGUCAGGGAGUCCAUUAAUUGCUGUUGGGACUGUGUCAGAUGUGAAGCGGGCAGCAUUAGCACUGCAGUGAACUCUGAAUCCUGUCGCCGCUGCGCCAACGGAGAACGCACCGAUGCCGACCAGACCUCGUGCAUUGUGAAACCCAUCCAGUACCUGCAGUGGACCGAUCCAUUCAGUAUUGCCAUAAGCAUCUGUGCCGUACUGGGCUUCGUGGCUGUUGUCAUCUGCUUUGGUACGUACGUCCGGUAUCGCCACACGCCUACCAUCAAAGCUACGAGUACAGAGCUGAGUUACAUUCUGCUGACGGCGAUCACGACCACUCUUGUCUGUAUCUUCCUCUAUCUCUCCAAGCCAACCGAUCUCAUGUGCAACCUACAGAUCAGUCUUCUUGGCUGUAGCUUUGCUCUCUAUGUUGCAACCCUCCUGACAAAGACCAAUCGGAUCUCAAGAAUCUUCAACCGCAAGCUCUCGCAAGGGAGACCAUCAAUGUUCCUCAACAUCAAGUACCAAGUAAUAUUUGUGAUGGUGAUCGUCCUGGUCCAAGCCUGUCUUCAAGUCCUCUUGAGUCAGAUUUUCCCUCCUGAAGCCGUCUAUGACUACUCCCCUCCCGAGGUGACCGAUCUGGUCUGCAGGAACAACAUUCUCAGCUCCAUCCUUGCAUUCAUCUACAACCUCCUCCUAGCCCUGCUGUGUAGUUUCCAGGCAUUCCGCAUCCGCAAGCUACCCGGCCAGUUUAACGACUCUCGCGGGAUCUGUUUCUCCAUGCUCACCUUCUGUCUCUUGGCGUUCAUCUUCAUUGCUACAACGUUUGCCACCACCGGGAAAAUGAAAGCCAUGAUUAGCGCCCUCUCUUGCCUGGCUUGUGCAUUCUCAGGCAUCCUCUGCAUGUUUGUACCCAAGAUCUGGAUCGUUUGUUUCCGACCGGAGCUCAACAUCCGUCAAUCAACGCUUCGCCUCCCAGCCUUAUCUACUCUCAACACAAUCACCGGAACUGUCAAUUCUGACAGGGGAAGAGCCCGGAGGAAUGCUGUUUUUAUAUUACCGAGCAAUGGUACACCCAUGAAUAUGACUCGUUCCGCCACGCUCGCCAGCCGGGCCCGGGGCGCUAACACGUACAACACCGACAGUGAUCAUGACAGCGGGGCGUCCUCCGCGAGUGACGACGAAGACACGGAGGCGAUUGAUGAAUUCCUGGAGGAGCUGGCGAGGCUGGAGAGAGAGCUGAGGGAUGCAGAGAGGGUGAGAGACCAGGCAGUGACCAAAGCUGAUGAGAUGUAUGCAGAGCUGCAGAAUGUUGAAAGACAACAUCGCUUUGAGCUGGAGCAGGUGAACGAGGACUAUGAGAUGGAGAAGACCAGGAUGAGAGAGACCUUGAUUGAGACUGGUGUGGAGGAGGAGCAACUGCAACAGAUUGAAAAAGGAGCACAGAAAGGAGCAAAGCAAGCCGUCAAUGAGAAAAUGAAGAAAACUGGAAAGCGUGCUGGUGUACAAUUUGUGGACUUUGCUGAACACCUUGCUCAGAUGAACAUAGAGAGGAGCCAGCUCAGGCAUCAGGUGGAUGAGAUCACUAAAGAAUGCCAGCACUGGAAAGAUCAAGUUCUUGCCAGUACGAACAUCACAGCCGAGGAACUUGACGAGCUCGGGGCGAGCGGGGAGAACGGGGAUUUGUCCAACUCUAGAGAGAGAAGCAAUACCCAGAUAGUAGAAGAUGAAGAGACAUCAUCUAAAGCAGACUCGGGAGUGGUCUGAACGGAGAUAAGGUCAAGCAAGACAUGUCAAAGGUCAAAGUUUAAGUGCAUACAGUUCCUUUGUUCUUGUCCCAUUGAAUACGUUUUACAUUUCAUGUAAUGUAGAAUACCGGUAUGAUCGUAAACAUGUGCAUGUAUAUGUGUGUUGUAAGACAUUUAUUCAUAACAAUGUAUGAACAACUUAAGGUUGAUAUGUAUUAAUAGGUUUAUUUAUCAUUAAAUCUUUUUACAUCGGUGUAGACAGGUGCUAAAAGUAGCUUGA